AUGAUCCAACAACGACUAUCGCGAUCCUUACAAACCAUCGCGCGACAGCAGCGACAAUGCCUUAGACUCCAACAACCGCAAACCCCCUUCUCUACCUCAUCCUCCGCCAUCCGGUCAUUCGCGCCACCCAUAUCGCAACGAAUACAGCAGCGGAGACAGUAUGCUUCAGCGCAGGAGGCGGCGGAAGGCAAGCAGGGUGAAAAGUCAUCAGAUGGAGCAGGCAAAGAGCAGAUGAAGGCGGAGGAGGCAACGCAAGACAAGGCCACAACGGAGGAUCCCGUGCAAAAGGAGCUGGAGGCGAAGAAGAAGGAGGUUCUCGACGUGACUGACAAAUACCGCCGCCAAGUAGCCGACUACCGCAACCUCCAAGAGCAAACUCGGCGCGAAGUCCAAGCGGCCAAAGACUUCGCCCUGCAGCGCUUCUCCAAAGACCUACUCGAAAGCAUCGACAACCUCGACCGUGCGCUCUCCAACGUGCCCGCCGACAAACUCACCGCCGAGAACCAGGACCUGCUGAACCUGCACUCGGGCUUGAAGAUGACCGAGACGAUCCUGAUGCAGACGCUCAAGAAGCAUGGGCUGGAGAGGGUGGACCCGAGUGUGGAGGAGGAGAAGUUCGAUCCGAAUAGGCAUGAGGCGGUGUUCCAGGCGCCGCAGCCGGGGAAGACGGAUGGGGUUGUUUUCCACACGCAGCAGAAAGGGUUCACGUUGAAUGGGAGGGUGAUACGACCGCCGAAGGUUGGGGUGGUAAGGAAUGGUUGA